GAGGGAAGCAGCAUGGACCGGAGGAGCUAACGCUCAUAACAGCUGCAUAGAAACAGAGAAAAACAUCUUCAUGUAAGGAAAAUGGCAAACACCAACAGUCCACAGAAAGACUGGUACUCAAUAUUAGGUGCCAGUCCAACCGAUGACAUACAGGAGAUGAAACAGAAGUAUCAGAAACUGAUCCUCACGUUUCAUCCAGACAAGCAGAGGCCUGGUGUGUCAGAAAGGGAGGCAGAGCAGCACCUGCAGAGAUUCAUUGAUGUUGACCAAGCUUGGAAGAUCUUGAGUAAUGAGGAGAGCAGGAAUAAGUACAACCUCCAGCUACGGGCACAUGAACUGAAACAGAGCUGGCCAGUGGAUGAUCAUAUAACACUGAAUGACAUGAACUGGGACAAUGAUGCUGAAUGUUAUACAUACAGCUGUCGCUGUGGUGGAGAAUUCAUCCUAGAUAAGGAAGAGAUGCAGGAAGCCGAGACAGUUGUGUGCUGCGAUUCCUGUUCGCUCAGCAUUGAAGUUCAGAAGGCUUUACUCUUCAUCUCCAAAUUCCUGUUUGACAACUCCAUUGAACGCAUAUUGGAGCUCUCUUAUUGCAUAAAACAGCUGACAUUCAAAUUGGAUUCCCCGUCUAAUUUCCUCUCAGGGCGGAGGGUGGGACCGGGUCGUGAUUCUGCAAACCCGGCCCCUAAUCGGGCUAAUCAAGCCUCAGAGAGGGAUAAAGGCCGACUGGAAGCUGCAGUGUGACAGAGAGAGA